GGCCGGGCGGCCGCACCAGCAAGCGGGCGAGCAGCGCGGAGCGCGCGGGGCAGCGCGGAGGGAGCGCAGCGCGGGGCGGUCGGAGCCAAGAGGCCGGAGCGACGCCGCCCCCGCUGUCCCUGCGAGGCCCCAGCCGGGAGCCCGACGAGGGAGCUGGCGGCAUGGCCCGGCGGCCCGGGGCGCGGGGGCGCUAGGUCCCGGGCGGGUGUCCCGUACCUCGCCGCCGCCACCGCGCGCCGCCCCGCGCGCCCCGCCCGCUCCAGCCGCCCCCGGGGCCGCCGGCGGCCCAUGAGCCCCGGCCUCAAAGUUUGCGGCGGGCGGGCGGGCGCGGAGCCUCCAAGAUGCCGUUCCACCCGGUGACGGCGGCGUUGAUGUACCGGGGCAUCUACACCGUGCCCAACCUGCUGUCAGAGCAGCGCCCGGUGGAUAUCCCUGAGGACGAGCUGGAGGAGAUCCGAGAAGCCUUCAAGGUGUUUGACCGUGAUGGCAAUGGCUUCAUCUCUAAGCAGGAGCUGGGAACGGCCAUGCGCUCCCUGGGUUACAUGCCCAACGAGGUGGAGCUGGAGGUUAUCAUCCAGCGGCUAGACAUGGAUGGUGAUGGCCAAGUGGACUUUGAGGAGUUUGUAACACUCCUGGGCCCCAAGCUUUCCACCUCGGGGAUCCCAGAGAAGUUCCACGGCACUGACUUUGACACUGUCUUCUGGAAGUGUGACAUGCAGAAGCUGACGGUGGACGAGCUGAAGCGACUCCUCUAUGACACCUUCUGCGAGCACCUGUCCAUGAAGGACAUCGAGAACAUCAUCAUGACAGAAGAGGAGAGCCACCUGGGCACUGCCGAGGAGUGUCCUGUGGACGUGGAGACCUGUUCCAACCAGCAGAUCCGCCAGACGUGCGUGCGCAAGAGCCUGAUCUGCGCCUUCGCCAUCGCCUUCAUCAUCAGCGUCAUGCUCAUCGCGGCCAACCAGGUGCUGCGCAGUGGCAUGAAAUAGGCACCACUGAGUGCCCGCCUGGCACAUGCAGUGCCCAGGCUCACUCCACACUGACCGCUGCCUGCAGCCCUUCCCCCCAGCUUACUCCUUGGGCCACUACCCACAGGCACUUCAAGCCUGGACACUGACCACCCCAAUCCUCACCCCACAGGCCUUGCAUGGAGCCAUGGCCCGGCUGUGGAGGACGUGGUGGUAGCUCUGAGGACAGCGCUAGCCCCUAUCCCCUGCCUGUGCCCUCACCUGGCCUGUAUGUAGCGUUAACUUCCCACCACCCAGGAGCUCCUGGGAAAGGAGGGCCUUCACAGGAGUCCCUGGGAUCCAGUUAGUGCUGUGAUCUUUUAGGCAGGCGAGAAACUCAUGUCCAGAGCUGUGGAUGGGGUGGAGGUGGGCACAAGACUGGGGUCCUGGGUCCCGUCCUCUGACCCUCCUUAGACCCAAAGCCAGUCUUCCCAUCCACCUGUGUCUGCCCAUUUCACAGCUGAGGAGCCUGAGGCUUGAGGGGCUAAGAUCUGGUUUCAGAUUCUUCUUCCACAGGGCUUUUCAGGAAAGGCAAAUGCUCACACAAGACGGGCAUCAGAGGUAGCUCUAAGGCCCACGAAUUUCUGAGCCUUCCACCAAAGUCCUAGAGACUAAGGGCCAAGUUGUCCCCCAGCACAGAACCUAGAAAUCCAACUGAGGAGGAAAGCAGAGCUCCUGGAGCCGGUGUGAUACCCCCACUGGCCAGGGUGCAACCUUGGAAGGCCUUGGGCUGCUCCUGAGGGAUGAUCUGACUCCCCAGAGGACCACUCUUCCAAGUCCAGGCUCUGCCUUCUCGGGGGUCCCACUUCUCUGCACCCUCAGGGCCGGAGCUCCAGCUCUCAUCCCUGUUCCACGUGUGCCAUGCCAUUUCUUGGCACAGGCACAGCCCGGGCAGAUGCAGGGCUGCAGCUCUUCAGGGGCUGAGACGGUUGGCAGAGUCCUUGGGCUCCCUUCCCUAGCCUGGGGCCACUUACUAUCUGGGCCACAGCCACAUUGGCAUGCUCUGUGCCCGGCCUGGCUGAGCCUCUACUGAU